AUGGACGAGAACUUAAGCCGGGGCUACGUCCAGCUCGGCAAGGCCAGAGGCGUGAACGAUUUCAAUUUCUCCAAGGGAUUCAAGCACCUCUCGCCGCCUGUCGACACCAACAACUGCAUCUACAUGGCCCUGAUACUUGGCGGCGUAGGCUUCCUUCUGCCCUACAACAGCUUUAUCAUAGCGGUGGAUUAUUUUCAAGAAAGAUAUCCGGAGACUACCGUGAUAUUCGACAUGUCCGUCGUUUACAUCAGCGUAGCUUUCAUCGCGGUCUCCGCGAACAAUAUUUUGGUAGAGACUUUCUCGCUCAACACGCGAAUAACAUUCGGAUAUCUCGUAUCUUUCGUCACUCUGAACUUUGUGCUGAUCUGCGAAAUUUGGUGGCAAGUCUUUGGCGUUGCGACUUCCUAUAAGAUGAAUUUGGCUGCUAUCGCAAUAGUGUCGCUUGGCUGUACAGUUCAGCAAUCGAGUUUUUACGGAUACACAUCCAUGCUUCCUAGUCGAUAUACCCAAGCCGUGAUGACUGGAGAAAGUAUCGCUGGCUUCUGGGUGUCGACUAGUCGGGUAUUAACGAAGUUGCUGCUCAACGACGAGCGUUGUAACACAUCCUUGUUCUUCAUUCUGUCGAUUUUAACGAUCCUGUUCUGCUUCGUGCUGCAUCAAGUGGUACGAAAGAGCGACUUUGUGCAAUUCUACAUAACGCUAUGUCAGGAGAAAAAUCGAAUCACGUUGGAGCCAACGGAGGACGUCGGUCUGAUGGAUCCAUUAGACCAAGUCGGCGAUCCCUCGAAGGGUCAGUACGGAGUGUUAAAAAUUCAGACUAGUCCAUUGGGGCCAGAAUCCGCGAGCGGAAGUGCUGAUGUAACUGCAUCCGGACAGUAUUCUGCGUUCUCGUUCAGCAAUCCAGUAUACGAGCCUAGUGCCCCGUCAGGCAAUCCUCCUGGUAGCGCCGGGCCGACCUAUAAAGUCGAAGACGUUGUAGUUAUGCGAGGAGCUUGUGGAACGCAAACCAAGGGCAAACGUUGGUCCGGUAUAAAAAGAGGCAUGCUCGCGAGACUCGAGGUUAUCAAACUGAUUUAUCCUUACAUGAUCAGCAUCGGGCUUGCCUAUUCCGUGACGCUCUCUCUCUACCCAGGAAUCGUGUCGGAAAUAAUAUCCUGCAAACUCCAAUCAUGGAUGCCGAUUAUUCUGAUGACCACUUUCAACGCUUCCGAUUUAAUUGGCAAGAUGUUCACUUUGAUACAUUACACGUGGAAACGUACGCAAGUGCUCUGGAUCUCUGCUGCGCGUGCCAUACUUAUCCCGCUAUUUCUAUUCUGCGCGAUUCCGCGCGAAGCUCCUAUCCUUUCCGGAGAGAUACAUCCGAUCGUGUUGUCUUGGGUGCUCGGACUCACCAACGGUUUAGUCGGCUCUAUACCCAUGAUUCAAGCGCCCAGCAAAGUACCGGAGGAAUAUCGGGAACUCGCAGGCAACAUUAUGACCUUGUCGUACACCGGCGGCUUAACCAUCGGAUCUACAUUCGCUUAUCUGAUGGACGCCUGUCUCGGACCACCGCUGCAAGCCAAGGAUGUGUGUCCGAAAUUGGAUAUCUCGACGACUACGAUGACUGCAAUUGGAAAUGCGACCGUGAGUGUCCUGACGACCGCGAUAUCCUCUACUUUGCCCGCUAUCGAGAAGACCACGACGAUAUCGAAGCCGAGGACCACAGCUAGCGUGUUGACUACGGUUCUGACGUCGACGUUACUGUCGAAUAGCACCGUGAGCCUGCUGACCGCUGGCGGAUCAUUGGACGUAUCGACGACGACCUUGCCCAAGAUCUUGACUAACGUUACUGUCUCGGCGAGCAACGCGAUCUUGCAACAUUAAAAUGCGCAUGUUGUGCGUCAUGUUGAAUCUCUGGUACUGACAUAUGAAUGAAAGAGAGAGAAAGAGCGCGUGUGUGUUUAUGUAUGUGUGUGUGCGUGCGUGCGAAUAAGCGUGUUUCGUGUCAAAGAAAGUGAGCUUAAAAUUGAAAAAGACUUGUUGCAAGGCAUCGUGAGAUAUUUUAGAUUGGUUGAUCCUUUAUUGUAGAAUGGCGUAAAAAGAACGGCCGAUUUUCCAUUUCAAUACUUUUACUAGUGUUAAUCGUAGAACGUACACCGUACACCGACCGGCAUUAACGCGUUCGAUGUCACUUUGGAGCUUAUUCUUUGCGCACGACUAUUCACCAUUAGAAACGACAAGUGUUGGAUAAGAAAAUCUUGAGUAAAGAGUAAGUUUCAAGAGACGUUGCAUAAUAUGAGUCGCACACACGAGAACGCGAGUGCUUAAUUUCACGUUUAACGAUGAAGAAGAAUUACAGGAAUGAGAUCGUCCGUUGUUUUUGCACCAGGCUAACGAUAAAGCAUUGUGAUUCUUGUUAGAUACUCGGCAAUGCCUAUUCGGUGAGAGCGCUUCCGUUGCUUUCUUCGUCUCGGGAGAUGUUGCAAGGAAUGCUGGUUCUCGAAUGAAAGUCGGAUUUUACACUUUGCUUUACGGAGAUGCACGCGUUGCAACGGCUCGGUGGUUCAUCGCAUUCGUUUUAUUUACGCGCAUAAUGCACCGCGCACUUUUAAUUUCGCACCUUUUCGACAUUAAUCUCCGUGAUACAUAUCGCCAAAAGUAAAACACGACGCACAAAGGAGUCGCGACCGAUCGAAGUCUCGCGCUUGCCGGAACAAGGUCGAGGGGAAAUCCGCAGGAUCCGCGAGAGAUACGCGAGAUUACGCGCAUGUUCCUUUUCCGUUGGGAUUAUUGCGUGCCUUUUGCGCCGGUAUCGGAUCGUUAAUCGUAAUUCUUUUAAUAGGAGACGGUCCGUCGUGUACUUAUUCCGGUAUGUUGGCUCGCGUCUUUGUUGUAAUUUCAUGUUUUUCCGGCAUGACUACCGGGAUAAGAGACGCAUUGUGUGAUAUAGUUUGAGCCAGCGAAUCAGCCCAGAAUCUCUGUCGGUGAUCCGCUACGACAGUCUUCCCCGACGAGUUCCGAUGCUAUGUUAUAUAAAUCGCUGCAAUGGUUAACAAACGAGAAAUUUUGGUGGACAAGAAGUUAUCGCGCUGUAGUUACAUAUUCUGCACCGUCGAGCAUACAGCGUUCUCUACACACGCGUCUCGGUGCACGGUGUGUUUAAUAUAGUAAAAUACGUAUAUUUAUACGAUACGUGUAUACUUUUCAAAAUGAGGAAAUUUGAGACUCUCUCUCUCUCUCUCUCUCUCCCCCCCCCUUUCCCCCACAUAAACAUCUCUUCUCUCCUCUCCAGCUUUGUUCGCAUUACCUGCUCAAGACAUAUCCGGUGUAAACGUAGGAAAUUAUAAUCAAAGUCUGUAAUGUUAAGAUGUAAUAAACAAGAAAAAAAAA